GCUUUUCCUGGGGAGGGGGUGCAGCCAGGGCCUGUCCCCUCCCUUCUCAAUUAAGCUUUCUUUGGAGGGGGUGCUUUGCAACCCUUGGACCUGUGGAUUUCCUUGGCGUGGCACUUAGGGGUCCGGGUCUUCAGAGUGCUGUGACAGCCGCUGGGGAGUCCACCACUUUCCCUUGGGGCAGGUCCUUGGCCAGCCCUCCCUAGGGGGCGGGUGGCAUGUGGGUCGUUGGAACUGAGAGAUUGUGACCCCCCUGCUUCCAUUUUAAUAAGUGGGUCCCAAUCCCUGGGGUUCCUAGGAGGAGUUGACAUUUAUAUCCUCCCCCAUUGUUAGGCUCCCCUGGGCUCUAGGGAGGGGGCUCCAGAGAACCCAGACCUGGGCAUUCCAGAUCAGGAAGGGACUUGGUUUGGGGACCCACUUUCCCCAGACCCUCGGCCCUAUUCCACCUUGUGCACUGGGGCCGCAGUUACUCAAAUCUUCUUUUCCCCCCCUAUUUCUCUGUGUGUGUCUAUGCAUUCCUGCAUCUCCCUGGGUCUGCCCUGUCCCUGUCACCACGCAGGGCUGUGUCUAGGCCUGGGGGUCCACCCUGGUUCCUGCCAAAGGAUGAGCCAGCCCCAGAGGAUGGCGCCAGUGGGCACCGACAAGGAGCUGAGCGAUCUCCUGGACUUCAGCAUGAUGUUCCCACUGCCUGUGGCCAAUGGGAAGGGCCGGCCCACCGCCCUCGCUGGAGCCCAGUUUGGAGGUUCAGGUCUUGAGGACCGGUCCGCCUCAGGCUCCUGGGGCCCCAGUGACCAGAACAAUUCCUCUUUCGACCCAAGCCGGAGCUACAGCGACAGUGCCCACUUCAGUGACUCACAUGGUGGCAUCUCAGCACCCGCCUUCCUGGGAUCCGGACUUGGAGGCAAGGGUGGCGAGCGGGGCACAUACGCUGCCUUCGGGAGAGAAGCGGGUGUUGGCGGCUUGACACAGGCUGGCUUCCUGCCGGGAGAGCUGGCCCUGAGCAGCCCUGGGCCGCUGUCACCCUCGGGCGUCAAGGGCAGCUCGGCGUAUUACCCCUCGUUCCCCAGCAACCCCCGGCGGAGAGCCGCGGACGGCGGCCUGGAAUCACAGCCCAAGAAGGGCCGGAAGGUCCCACCCGGUCUUCCUUCCUCGGUGUACCCCCCCAGCUCAGGUGACGACUAUGGUAGGGACGGUGCCUACUCCUCUGACAAGACCCCAGGCAGCGCCUACCCCACCCCCUUCUACAUGGCAGAUGGCAGCCUGCACCCCUCAGCAGAGCUUUGGAGCCCUCCAGGCCAGGUGGGCUUCGGGCCCAUGCUGGGCGGUGCCUCGUCCCCCCUACCCCUGGCGCCUGGUGCGAGCAGCGCCGUGGGUGGCAGUGCAUUCAGCGGUCUCCAGCAGCCCGAGCGCAUGGGCUACCAGCUGCACGGAGCCGAGGGAAAUGGUACCCUCCCAGCUGUGGCCGCCUUCUCGGGGCCUGGAGCCACCUAUGGCAGCGUCCCCAGCCACACGCCGCCCGUGACUGGGGCCGACAGCCUCCUAGGCUCCCGUGGGACCUCGGCCGGCAGCUCCGGGGACGCCCUUGGGAAGGCCCUGGCCUCGAUCUACUCCCCAGACCACUCCAGCAGUAACUUCUCUCCCACCCCCUCGACGCCUGCGGGCUCCCCACAUGGCCUGACUGGGACGUCGCAGUGGCCCCGAGCAGGAGCCCCUGGUGCCUUAUCGCCCAGCUACGACGGGGGACUCCAUGGCCUGAACAAGAUGGAGGACCACCUGGACGAGGCGAUCCACGUGCUCCGCAGCCACGCCGUGGGCACAGCAGGCGACAUGCACAGCCUGCUGCCCAGCCAUGGCGCUCUGGCCUCGAGCUUUGCUGGCCCCAUGCCAGUAGGCGGGCGCCACGCAGGCCUGGUUGGGGGCGGCCACUCUGAGGAUGGCCUUGCGGGCAGUGCCAGCCUUCUGCACAGCCAUGCGGCCCUGCCCAGCCAGCCUGGUGCCUUGCCUGACCUCGCGCGGCCACCAGACUCUUACAGUGGCCUGGGCCGGGCGGGCGCCGUGGUGGGCGCGGGCGAGAUCAAGCGAGAGGAGAAGGAGGACGAGGAAAACGCGGCAGCCACUGACCCCGCGGAGGAGGAAAAGAAGGAGCUGAAGGCCCCGCGAGCGCGGACCAGAGCGCAACCUGAACCCCAAAGCAGCCUGCCUGAAGCGACGAGAAGAGGAGAAGGUGUCCGGUGUGGUCGGGGACCCACAGAUGGUGCUUCCGGCUGCUCAUCCGGGCCUCAGCGACACCCACAAUCCCACCGGGCACAUGUGACAGGGACGCGACGAGGGACCAGUCUUGCUUCAGGACCCCUGCGUUCAGAUGUGGCCGGAAGGGUCCUGGGUUCCAUCCGUGGACCCACCCCGGGGUCCACACACACAACUGCCUGGAGCCAACCAGAGCCCGUGGCUCCCGGAGGCCAGCCUGAAGGGGACAAAGGGGUCUCGGCGACCUGGCUUACUGUUGUGACCACCUCCACCCACGCUAGCUGGCCGCUGGCCCCUGGCCCCACGUAUCCUGGCACUGCAUCUUGGCCCCAGGGACCAGGCUAGGAGGAGCAUUUUUUUCCUUUUUUUUGGGGGGGUGUUAUAAACAAGACCAGAAACCGACAAAAUAUACACUUUGUCAGAAAAAAAAAAAAUGCCUUAAGUAUAUAAAGUCGUGGAGGACUCGAACACAUCACUCCGGAGGAGGGUGACACUGCAAAGCUGGCUUCUUCAAAAGCCAUCAGCAAAUCGUGCCUAAGCGUAUUUUUUUUAAGGAGAAUAAAAUGAACAUUAGUUAUGAGGGUUUUUUUCUAAUGUAGAAAAGAAAAAUAGCAAGGAUGUUGCCUUCGGUCUUUUUUUUUAAAGCUUUCUUUUGCAUAUGUUUUAUAAGCAACAAACUUUUUUGUAUGAAAGCCUCGUGUCUCUUGCUGUUUCUAGAAGUGAGCGGUGCAUUUCAUGAUCAAUCAGAUUAUUAAAAGUAUUAAAAAGA